AUGCCCAAGGUCAUCUUCGACCAGCUGAACUUCACACACCUAUCGCCCACACCAAUGCAUCUCCAGCUAGCUGAUUCCUUGGUCCGCUACCCGACAUGGAUAACAGAAGACAUUCUGGUGAAAAUCCAGGACUACUUCAUCCCUAUUGACUUCGUGGUGCUAGACAUGGAAACAUUAAAAGAGAAGCUGCUCAUUCUUGGGCAACCAUUCCUGAGCACAGCUGGAGCACACAUCGAUGUUGGAGCUAGAGAAAUCCGCUUCAACAUAAAUGGUAAAGAGGAGAAGUUCAACUUCCGGUCCAAGAAGGAGCAAUGCUCCAUAAUCAAGAUCAAGUACGGGCCGAAACCACAAGGCAUCAAAGAAGUCAAAGUGACGCCUCACAAGAUGAUCAUCCUCAUCCCAUUCAUAAAAGCCUUCAUGAAGAAGGAAGAGCAAAGAAUGGACAAGAGGUCGAGGUUAUGGAAAAACUAG